GCAGUUCUCCUCAGUGUUGGUCCAGCACAAUGUGCCAGGAUGAACAAGGCAAGGCUACUCUGAAGGGAUGGGGUUCCUGAGUGCUGGAGGCAACUAAGUAUGGAACUCGGCCAUCCGCCCCCAGGAUCAUGCCAUCAGCCUUUGAGAGAGCGGUCAAGACUGUGAUCCAGGAGAUGGACCACAGCAGAGGAGAUCUCAUCCCAGUGGACUCUCUUCGGAAUUCAAUCAGCUUCAAGCUGUACUGCCUCCUGAGCAGGAGACUCUCAAGCUCAUGGUUCUGGAAACCCCGUUAUACAUUUGUCAACCUGUCAAUCAAGGACAUCCUGGAACCCAUUGCUCCAGAACCAGAACCGGAGUAUUUUGGCCCCUUGGAAGUCUCUGAUGUCAUCGAUGGGAACAUUCAGGGCAGUGUGGCUGUGGCGUCAGCCAUGACAGAAGGGAGAAUUUCUGAUGGGGCUGCAGUGUCUGAUAGUGCCAGUGCUCCCGUGAGUAUGUAUAUACUGAGUGUGAAUCCGAAGACCUGGGAUAUCAUGAAGAGUGAAAGGCACCUGCAGCAGCCUGAGAAUACAAUCCUGCAACAGCUUCGGAGUCGUGGGGAUGACGUGUUUGUCAUCACCGAGGUCCUGCAGACAAAGGAGGAGGUGAAGGUCACCCAGACCCACAGCCAGGAAGGCUCAGGAAAGUUUACACUGCCUGGAGUCUCAUGCUUGCAGGGUGAAGUCAAGGGCCACCAAAUUCGAAAGAAGAUGGUGACACUUCCUCCAGGCAGCAUUCUUGCAUUCCAAGUGGCCAAACUGCUCAUUGGCUCUUCAUGGGAUAUCCUUCUUGUCUCAGAUGAGAAAAAGAGGACAUUUGAGCGCUCCUCAGGCCACAGAAGAGGAGUAGACCAGAAUCGCCAUAGAUUUAAUCUGCUCGCUGCACUACACCAACGUCCCCGAACCCAGCGCAGCCGCCGACGACGACGACAUACUGAGAUGAUCGAGUGCAUGUCAGGUCUCAGUGUACUACACUCUGUCGGUGUGCAGCACAAAUUCAUGUCAGAUGAAAUCCCUGAGGAAGAAGAAUUCAGUAAAGACUUCCAAGGCCUGUGUGCAGAGGUGAAGACGGGCUCUUUACAGCUGGGGAACUUAGAAAUGGAGUUGAGACAACAGCUGCUAGUGGACAUCGGGAGGAUUUUACAGGACCAGCCCAGCCUGGAAGCCUUAGAGGCCUCACUAGGGCAGGGCCUGUGCAGUGGUGAGCAGGUGGAGCCUCUGGAGGGCCCAGCAGGCUGCAUCCUUGAGUGUCUGGUGCUAGAUUCUGGAGAGCUGGUGUUGGAACUCGCAGCCCCUAUCUUCUACCUGUUGGGAGCACUGAAUGGGCUGAGUGAAACUCAGCGGCAACUGCUGGUUAAGGCUCUGGAGACAACAGUACUGUCAAAGCACCUGGAGUUGGUAGAGAACAUCUUGGAACAGAGCACCCCAUGGCAGGAGCAGAAGACUGUGUCCCUGCCCUCCAGGCUCCUUGGGGACAGCUGGGAUGAGGAGGCUCCCACAUGGAUCUUACUAGAAGAAUGUGGCCUGAGGCUGCAAGUGGAACCCCCACAGGUGCACUGGGAACCGACUUCUCAGGGCCCCACAUGUGCUCUCUAUGCCUCCCUGGCUCUAUUGUCUAGUCUAGGCCAGAAACCUCGUUAGCCUGCAGGCCUCCCUUCCAGCAACAUCUCCAUGUCCUACCCUCCAGCCAGGGUAGAGUCUUGCCAAGCUCAGCCUCUAGGAAACCAAGUACCCAACUCAGUCACAGGGUUAGAAUGCAAUGAGAUCCAGGAGUUGGAAAAAUCAAUAAAUGUACAAACAAAA